AUGCCUGCUCUUUGCGGAGGAUCCAAAACUGUUCAGCGAAAGCUGGUGCUGCUUGGUGAUGGUGCUUGUGGAAAGACGUCGUUGCUGAAUGUCUUUACGAGAGGAUACUUCCCAACGGUCUAUGAACCCACUGUCUUCGAGAACUACGUUCACGAUAUCUUUGUCGAUAAUGUCCACAUCGAACUGUCCCUCUGGGAUACAGCCGGCCAAGAGGAAUUCGAUAGAUUACGAUCCCUUUCUUACGACGACACAGAUCUGAUUAUGCUCUGCUACUCAGUCGACAGCAAAGACUCGCUCGAGAACGUAGAGUCCAAGUGGGUGGGCGAAAUCGCCGACAACUGCCCGGGCACCAAACUUGUCCUCGUGGCACUCAAGUGCGAUCUCCGCGAGCAAGGUGACGACGAGGAAAACGCCGAGACGGGCGAGCCCCGCGAGAAGCGGCCCAUGAUCACCUACGACAACGGUCUUGAGGUCGCGCGUCGCAUAGGUGCGCUGCGCUACCUCGAGUGCUCUGCCAUGAAGAACAGGGGCGUCAACGAGGCUUUUACCGAGGCUGCGCGUGUGGCUCUCAGCGUCAAGAAGGAUCGUGAGGACAGCAAGUGCACCGUCAUGUAA